CCUCACGAACCCCCCUGUCCUAUCUAUAAUGGUACGGUCCCCUGGACUGUCAACUUGAAGUUGCACAUUUCAAGGGCAAUUGCAAUUAUUCACCAAGCUGUUGUGUGCUGCUAAAGAACCAGAGGAAACAUGCUGUGUAGAGUUGGGAAAAUACGCAGGUGUGCUGCCAGCCUCAGCCAAAGCAUAAAUCUGAUAGCUGCAUCAAGGCAGAAGCACACACUCCCUGAUCUGACCUACGACUAUGGAGCCUUGGAGCCUCAUAUCAGUGCAGAGAUUAUGCAGCUUCACCACAGCAAGCAUCACGCCACAUAUGUUAACAACCUUAAUGUUACAGAGGAGAAAUAUCAAGAGGCUCUUGCAAAGGGAGAUGUGACUGCACAAGUUGCACUUCAGCCUGCUUUGAAGUUUAAUGGAGGAGGUCACGUUAACCACACUAUCUUUUGGACAAAUCUCUCCCCAAAUGGUGGAGGUGAGCCUCAAGGGGAGCUAAUGGAGGCCAUCAAACGGGACUUUGGCUCCUUCCAGAAGUUAAAGGAGAAGAUGGCGGCUGUUACCGUUGCAGUACAGGGCUCAGGCUGGGGAUGGCUUGGUUAUGACAAGGACAGCGGGCGACUUCGGAUUGCUGCUUGUGCUAACCAGGAUCCCCUGCAGGGGACAACAGGACUCAUCCCUCUCCUUGGCAUUGACGUCUGGGAGCAUGCCUACUAUCUCCAGUACAAGAAUGUGCGCCCUGAUUAUGUGAAGGCUAUCUGGAAUGUGAUCAACUGGGAGAAUGUCCACGAGCGAUUGCAGGUUGCCAAAAAGUAGAGGAAUCAAUCUUCCCACCACAGCACCUUGUAUCAAAAUCUGGAUCAAAUGGUAGAUGCAAAUAAUUGCCUCAAAUAAACAGCCCUGACAUUCAAACACUCGGUUUUAACUCAGAGAUUGGUUGUAGCAUUAAUGGAAAAAGUAAAUCCAAUGUGUUUUACUGUUUAAAACAAUUCAUCCUUUAAAUAAG